AUGGUAUCGAAGAAACGGAAAUUCGGUAAACAUGAGAUGAUUGCCUUAACCGAACAAUGCAGUGCCAUUCUUACUCGCCCAAUUCCACCAAAGCUUGGAGACCCGGGUAAGUUUACGAUUCCAGUCGCUAUCGGAGGUAAGUUCUUUGCAAAAUCUCUCAUAGAUUUAGGAGCGAGCAUUAAUCUCAUGCCUUUCUCAGUUUUUCAAAGUUUGGGAUUAGGAGAUAUAAAAUUGGUAUAUGUGACUUUACAGUUAGCCGAUAGAUCACUCAUAUACUCAAAAGGAAUAGUAGAGGAUGUGUUAGUUAAAGUAGAUAAAUUCAUCUUUCCUGCAGAUUUUGUAGUUUUUGAUAUGGAAGAAGAUAAAGAAGUUCCUUUGAUUUUGGGAAGACGUUUUUUGAGAACGGGUAGAACUAUAAUUGAUGUGUAUAAUGGUAUUUUAUCUAUGUCUUUGGGGGAUGAAACGAUUAAAUUUGAUGUUUUCCGUACAAUGAAACACCCUCAAGAGGGUGAUGAAUGUUUUGCUUUUGAUGUGUUAGAUCAAUUGAAUUUUGAUUUUAUUGAACCUUUAAUUGAGGAUCCGUUGGAAGCAUAUUUGAGUGUAGGAACAUCAGUUGAGGAAGAAGCAGUGACGGAACAAUUAUGUUGGUUGGAUUCAGCAAAGUUUGGAAACGGAGCUCCUGUUAUCUGUCACUUUUAA